ACUUUCAGAAUCUGUUGAUGAUGUGCUUCACCGUCCAGUGUGCCUACCAAAGUUCCCCUCCAGACGUAUUUCCCUCCUUUUAUUUUGUUUGCAACCGAAAGGCAGAAUUUCUCGCAGUUGCAGUAGUCUACCCCAGAUCUUUUGAAGCCGACUAACUCCUGCAUUAAGAUUCAUUCUCUGAUCUAAAAUAUUUACUUUCAGGCUCGUCAACCUCAUGCAUCAGAUUUUCACGGCGUGAAUAAAUUAGGAUUUUAACAAUUAGUGAUCAUCACCGUUGGCGUUCUAGAAAUUUGAUAGAAAGUCUCGAGAAAUUCCUGGUCACCUUACCACCAGACUACUCUAAGUUAAUUUGCUUCAAUCUAGGUUUUCUAAAGUAAACUGAUUCUCUGUGGACUUUGCUGGUACUUAAGCUUUUCGUCCCGUGGAUGUAAGAUCAACAAGAGGGGCAGCGCACCGUUUAGAAAAGGUUUUAGGGGUUAAGGAGAAAUCUGCAUGACUUGAGCUGCCGUAUUGGACCUGCUUUGCCAAUAGUUUCACUUCCUUUGCUUCAUCUGUGCUGUAUGUCGGAAAUUCCCACACUGAGGCGGAUAUCACAUAUCGCUAGGGAUCUUGAUGCAGACCAAGCAUUGUGCGUUGUUGGGUCUAAUUUUCUGCUCUGAGUCGUAUCGCGCUCCCUAGCGUAUGAGCGAGAAUGCUUUCGUUUUCACUUUACCUCGAGCUUCCCCUGAGGAUGAUGAGAUGACAGUCAAAUAUCGAGAUAGCAGCUUGCAGUGUUGGAUUUAUAUUCCGAGAAUUUCAAAAUCUCGAUUUAAUGUGCGUGUAAAACAAACUUGUUUAAUGUUGGGCGAGCAGAUUUGAAAUUCAUCUUGUAAUUUUCGGCAGUUCCGGUGUUUCUUUUGAUUGCUGUAACUCGGUCGAGGGAUGUGAGAAGGUGUUCGAGAGAUCACUUUACGAUCAUGCCGUCUCUUCAGACUCUGGAAUUUCAGCUGGUGACGAUUACUUUGGUGUACUAGUAACAUUCGAUACUAUAGUCUAGGCCAGACACCACUCAUAGUAAGGUGAUGUACUCAUUGUACGUAUUGUAAUUAGGGUGUAGUGCCAUAUUAUUUCGUCUGGUCACAUCGAAGAGUUCUCUACCUUGCUACUAGUGCUGGAGAUGACCUUUCCCUGCACAAUAAGCUUCUAUCUCCCAUUGAUUGCAACCAGGUCUCACGCGAAACUUGUUGGUGAAGCAGCAUGGGCCGUGACUGAGUUGCUUUCAGUAUUAUUCGAGUAUGGAAUCCCGGUUUUUAGCAACUGAUUCACCGUCGCUACAGUAUGAAAGAGAGAAUGUAAACAGUUUCGGCUUUGAACCAGAUGCCGGCUUCAAAGAGGUACAGGCUGAUGCUGAAACCGUGCAUGUGGAGUCGCCUCAACAAAGUCGCACCUUAUAUCGAGAAAACAAGUUUCCGUCGUCUAAUUCUCUCUGCGAGCAUGUACUUGUUAAAUCUUGCAAGUCCAGCAAGCGAGCUGCUAGUGUUGACUUUAUGGAGUAUGUAGUUCCUUAUGAAGAUGAAAAGACUCAUGCUCAAUUGAAUUGCAAAAGAGGCAGUAAAUCAUUUUGGAAGACUCUACGGUUCUGGCAGCGGAAUAAGAUCAGUGUUGCAUGUAUGAAUCUCAACUCGUCUCCGCGGCCCACAGAUUUCAAGCUGGAAGGCCAUGGACACAAAUUGACCCGAGCCAAGCGGGAGGUGCUUGGACCUGUGUAUACUACUUGUAGUUCGGCUUAUAGCAGCAACCCUAGAACGUCCGACCAGCAAGUUUCAUAUCCUGCCAUACUUCCACCGCUGACUAGCGGGAGUGGGGGCAAUGGAUGUCCUUACAUUCCCUUGAACCGCUGCCAAAGGAUUCCUUCUGGCCCACUGUAUUUUCCAUAACAUAUGCCGCUACAUAUUUAGCUGGCACCGAUGGCUUCAUAAUGGUUGAGGCUUUCAAAAGUGGAUAAAAUAUACGGGAAUGUGGCAUUGUAUAGCGUUGUUUUAUACACCAACUUAAGAAUCCUUACGUCUUCACUGGUGGUGGUGGUGGUGGUUGUCAGGCGCCUCGAAACCGGUGUGGUUCUCAGGAGCAUGGAAUUCCACCAGUAUGUAGUCAGUGCAGUUAGAGCACACAAAAUUUUAUCAGUGCCAGAGUUGAUAUUGGUCAUGUGUGAAUGAACUGUUUAUUACAGUGCAGUUCAUUUGUGGUGGUAGCAUUGCUGUUUUCGACCUAUUUCUCUGUUAUUAAGUGCGGUGACAUCAUUUCUCACACUGGGUAGGUACAGUACUUUCUUCAUUCUCCGGAGUGACCGAGAACUGGGCAGAACCUGUUACAACGAAGUUGGUAAUUAAGCGGCCCUGCACUGGAACUGAAAGAUUAUCUUACCCGAAUCCAAAACGCAUGAAAGAUUUGCAGUAAGUUGUCAA